AUGAAGACUCGAUCAAAGCCAUCCACAAAGUCCGAAAAGGAGACGCCUGAGUCAAUAUCUGGUUCUUCUACAGCAAAAGUUCAAUUGAGCCCUGAAGAAGCCAAUCCUCCACAACUUUUUAUAUUGCCAGAUCACCUGAGCAAUGAAGCUCGAAUUAUCCAGCUGGAACAUCCUAGACAUGGCACCAAGAGCCCAUAUGUUGUCUGCCCAGAGCGAGGGUUUUACGAGCUCACGAAAGUUGGCGCCCCAGAAACGACUCGCAGAAGUUGGCUAUUAUCCUCAGAAGCGUCGACAUCAAUAGAUCAGGAGGAUGCCAUACCGUCGGAACCCAUAGCGGACAAAAGUGACAAGCUUUCAGCCAAAGGAUACGUUUUACGAAACGCCAAUCUAUUGGUUGCAACUCCAAUUGACAGCUUGUUCUUUGCCUUGCCGGCUCUUGCUCCCCCUGUAUCGACAUCAAAAAGCUCAAAACCCCAAAAGAAGUUGUUUCUGUCUAGCGAGGACUAUUUUGAAAGAAUAACUAUUGCUUCACCCCAGAUUAGUGCUUUUCUGGAGGUCGAAUCGAUACGGGCAUCCAUUGAAAAAAGGAUGGCAAAGAUAUGCGACACAGCCGACGCGGGAGACGAAAUAAUGUACAGAAUUAGCGAAGAUAAACUGUUAGCAGAGUUAUUAAAGAAGGCAACGAAAAUGGCCGAAAAUGGUCUGACGGCAAGCAUGGAAGAGAGGUUUGUUAGGAAACCACUCGAGGUGCCAACUAUUAUCGUCAGUCCGGAGGAUAUUUCUACAAACCACGAAGAUAUUACACCUGCGGCGUCGGGACUCACGACGCCUCUCGCAGACACUCCAGGCACCCAGACAACAGAUACAUCAACCGAGAGCGCUUCGGCCUCAUUUUCAAAUACUUCUACUGCAGCCACGUCAUUUUCAGAGGACUCAUUGAGCACAGGACUGGUUAAAGCUCCAAACACACUGCCCAUCAGUGGCGCCCCGGAUGGCGUGGCGGAUCUACUAAGACUUCGCACCGCACUCUUCUUCCUCUGUUCAAAGUAUAUUCCACCUCACCUGAGCGAAUCUAUCAAGGUUUUACUCUCAUCCCCGACUUCCAGUACAGAUUUUGGACCCCUGGAUACCCAUCUUGCGCAUUUAGCCAAGUUACGGCAAGACGCCCUUGCUGCAAGGUCACUAGGUGACGUCUCACGGAAACGAUCUAUGCUAGAUGAUGGCGAGGAGGAGGAGAGCCGCGCUGAGAAAAAACGGAAGAUCGAAGAGGAGGAGAAGAGAAAGAAGGCUGGAGAGAGUCGAGGGGUGAAGAACCUGAAGAAAGUCAAUAUUAGUGGGAUGAAGAAAAUGAGCGAUUUCUUUGGGAAGAAAUAA